GAACAAUACCACCAUGGCAAGCUUUCUGAAGGUCGAGGGUACGAAGAUCGUCGAUGUGGACGGCAAGGAAGUUAUCCUGCGUGGUGCGGGUCUGGGUGGCUGGAUGACAAUGGAGAACUUCAUAACUGGCUAUCCGGGUUGUGAGUUUCAAAUCCGCGAAGCCUUAGCAGAAGUUCUGGGGGAGAAGAAAGCCCGUUUCUUCUUCGACAAGUUCUUGGAGUAUUUCUUCGGGCAAGACGACGCCGUAUUCUUCAAAACACUCGGCUUGAACUGUAUCCGCAUUGCCAUCAACUACCGACACUUCGAGGACAAUCUCAACCCUCGAGUCCUGAAACCAGAAGGCUUUGCUCACCUAGACCGCGUCAUUUCUCUGUGCGCUGCCCAAGGUAUCUAUACCAUUCUCGACAUGCAUACUGCCCCAGGAGGUCAAAACGGAGGAUGGCAUUCCGACCAAGGCACACACAUAGCGAACUUCUGGGCGCACAAGGACUUUCAGGAUCGUCUUGUCUGGCUUUGGACAGAGAUAGCCAAACAUUACAGGGGCGAGAAGUGGAUUGCAGGAUACAAUCCCAUGAACGAACCCGCUGAUUCAAAACAUUCUGGAUUGAUCACCUACUAUGAUCGGGUAUACGAGGCCAUUCAGAGUGUAGACCCAAACCACAUCGUGUUCUUCGACGGCAAUACGUACGCAACGGACUUCUCUGGAUUUCCGGAUGAUGCUGCAACACGGUGGCCCAAUGCCGCGUACUCCAUACACGAUUACUCAGUAUUUGGUUUCCCAAAGUCACCAGAACCUUAUGCACGUACCGAGGACCAAAGACGACGCAUGAGACGGAGCUAUGAAAAGAAGAGGGAGUGGAUGGAUAAGCGAGGUCUUUGCGUUUGGAAUGGAGAAUGGGGACCUGUCUAUGCUAGGCGCGAAUAUGAUGGUGAUGCGACGGACGAGAUCAACGAAAGAAGAUACAACGUCCUGAAAGACCAGCUUGAUUUGUAUCAGAAGGAUCGCCUGAGCUGGUCUAUCUGGUUAUACAAAGACAUCGGCUUUCAAGGAAUGGUCCACGUAUCGCGCGAGACUCCUUACAUCAAACUCUUGUCAUCGUUCCUGCAGAAGAAGUACCGGCUGGCAGUCGAUUCUUGGGGUGCCGACGACAAGUUCGUGAAGCACGCCUACGACCCAAUCGUCGCCCUCAUCAAAGAAAACGUACCCAAUGAGGAGCAUCGGAAGCUAUACCCAUACCCUGUGUGGACUGCCGAAGAACGCGUCACUCGUCUGAGUCGAUGCAUGUUGAUCAGCGAAUUUAUGGUCCUGGAAUGGGCAGAGCAUUUCAGAGGUAUGAGUGAAGAGCAGUUGGACGAACUCGCGCAGAGCUUCAAGUUUGAACAUUGCUUGAAAAGAGAGGGAUUGAAUAAGGUGUUGAGGGAGCAUGCAACGCUAAUGGCAGAGACAAUACAGUGAUUUGUGAGUAUACAAAGUAAUCCGUGAGGGCUUUACAAGUACGGAAUAGUCUGGAAAUUGUCGUGAGUUGCUAAAUCUCAUGCGAGGCCAUCGAGCACUAGCCUAUUCGAAUGUGAUUUAACGAUUGGCAAAUUUGACCUUCGCCUUUUGAUGUC